AUGGUAAUCGAUGAGGCUGGCUUCACACCAAAGUUCUUCAAACAGUCUAAUAACAUACGGACUUACCAACCGUGUAGUUAUUUGGUGGAGCACCUAAAUUCUAGUGAUCUCUUCGAUGGCGAGUUGGAUGUUGGAAACAUCGAGAUUACCGAAGGUCUCAAAAGUCAGAAAGACGCUAUGGCGACGCUGGAGGAUGAGCAAGAUGUGGCGGCUGCAAAGAUUGUCAUCGCUGAAAGCAGAGCUGAUAAAGCCGAGUUUGACGAGUCGAAGAAUGUAAAUGCUGGUGAAAGUAUUUUCCAAAGUAAUUUGGACAAGAAACUCUCGAUGAAAAGUAUAUUGAGCUCAUCAGCCAGGUUAUUUAUUCACGGUUCUCAUUUGCGUGAUUCAUGCUUCCGUGUACGAUGGCGGAGGAGUCCUCCAGUUGAAGCUCUUGAAGAUUUGUUCCAUAGCAAAUGGCUUUGA